AUAACAAAAAAGUAAAGGAUAUAACAUGUUGUCGCGGUAAACGUAUUCGUACCCGAUAUUAUUCGAACCUUUUAUCGUACGGUACCCUAUUAUCGAGCGUCUCAUGGUGUCGUUCAUUUUGUUUACACUAAGAACGAGGCUCUCAUGAUAACGUCACACAUAUGUGCGAUAAUUUCUAAGCCAGAUCUUAUGGACACAGGUGAAGAGAGUUUUGAGGAUGACAAUCUUGGCGUUCAAGCUUUUCAGGUGGAGUCAGACGACGAUGACCUUGACCUCAACAUGCCACCAACCACCGGCAACCAGUAUCUGAGAAGAGUCAGACAGGAGGCAAACACGUGUCCAAAAGUGGUUGUAGCAGAUGUUGACAGAGACUUAUUCCGUAAGAAACAGACAGUGCAUGUCAGAGAGUGGAUUGGGGCUCACCAGCGGGCACCCCAGGGGUUUGCUCCCAGCCUGAAGUGGCAGAACUUGCAGGUGGCCAACUUUGCCCAACAGAGACAGAACUUUGUAAGGUACAAAGCUAAGUGGAAGAGGCUGAAAGUGACCAAGCUACCAACUGUGCCCCACCAUAACGAUAUCGAGGCAUGGUGCCGACUGUGCUUCGGAAGACUGAAGCCACCAUCAAAACGAGGCCCAGUGUCAUCUAGUGCAUCGUCCAUGGCAACAGUUGCUGGGUUACAAAAAAAGGAAGCAGGUGCUUUCUCGGAUUGCAGGGUUUUAGAGACUGAGACAAAGCCCGUAAAUAUGGACUUGAGUGCUACAGAUCUUGGUGCAAACUCUGUUUUAUCAGAGUCUGAAAGCAAUAUGUCUGGUUGUGAAUCAGGAAAUGAUUCUGAGAGGGGUUUGGGAGUGGCAGAGAACAUUUCCCAGGGAGCAGAUAAAAGUUUUCCGGUUCAUGAAGGGAUUUUACCUCUAGUGAGUGUCAUGCUGGCCAUGGACCAAACCACUGUGCUUAAAGUGCUGGAGUACCACCUCAACUGGUUUGAGGUCACUGGAUUUACAGAGAGACAGGGAUACUGGUUCUAUGCCCUGCUGGUGUGCCUUGAUAAGCCACUACUGCCGGACGCCUGUGCGUUGCUGAGGGAGCUGGCAAGAGCUUGCUCUAGACUCAGGGCCUCUCUGGAGAGCAAAGAUGAUCCAAAACUCCCAGCUCUAAACUUGUUCAUUUGCCUCAUUGCGCGAUACUUUGACCAAUCAGAUUUGAAGGAUCAAGUCACAUGACCUCAAUGAACUGGUGUAGUUUAUAUCAUUGUACAUGUAUAUUUGUUAAAUUGUGACACUGUAAAUAAAGUGAAUGAUAUACUGUU